AUGACAGACUGGAGCCCCAGCUCGUGGACUACGAAGCCGAUUAAACAGGAUGUGGUCUAUGAAGAUGCCCAAGGGGUUCAGGACGCCCUUGAGAAACUGCAGAAACUCCCCCCACUAGUGACCACACAAGAGAUCAAUAAUCUCAAAGCUAGUCUUCGAAAUGUCGCCUUGGGUAAAGCAUUCGUUUUACAAGGAGGCGACUGUGCGGAACUCUUCGACUACUGCAACCAAGACAUGAUCGAAGCCAAAGUCAAGCUCCUCCUGCAAAUGAGCUUGAUCCUCAUCUGGGGAGCCAACAAGCCCGUUAUUCGUAUCGCCCGAAUCGCAGGCCAAUUCGCAAAGCCCCGGUCAAGCUCCACAGAAGUCAUAAACGGAGUCGAGAUGCCUUCCUUCAGAGGUGACAACAUCAACGGCUUCGACGCGAACGUUGCAUCCAGAAAACCGGACCCAUCCCGCCUCGUCUCCGCAUAUUUCCACUCCGCCGCAACACUGAAUUACCUGCGUGCAUCUCUCUCCUCAGGUCUCGCAGAUCUGCACUCCCCACUAGACUGGGGUCUAGGACACGUUAUCACCCCCUCCAUCAAAGAGCAGUACAGCAAGAUCGUCAGCGCAGUCAAAGAUGCCCUCCGCUUCAUGCGUACAGUAGGAAUUGAUAAAGACCGCGGCGUCGAGACAGCUGAUAUCUUCACAAGUCACGAGGGUCUUUCCCUCGAAUACGAACAAACUCUCACAAGACUUCUGCGCAAUCCUAUCGAACGAAAUAGCGGCUCAUCCCCUUCAUCCGGAUACUAUGCUACCUCCGCGCAUUUCCUAUGGAUAGGCGAUAGGACAAGACAGCUAGACGGUGCACAUGUAGAGUUCUUCCGCGGAAUAGCGAACCCAGUCGGUAUUAAGAUUGGACCGAGCAUGAAACCAGAUGAACUGGUUGCGCUAUUGGAAGUCGUUAAUCCAUCUAAGGAAAUUGGAAAAGUAACUCUUAUUUCAAGAUAUGGAGCGUCGAAGAUCUCACAGUUUCUUCCCGGGCAUAUUGCUGCUGUGCAGGCUUCGGGCCAUGUACCUGUUUGGCAAUGUGAUCCUAUGCAUGGGAAUACGCAGGCUACGCCGUCUGGUGUCAAGACGAGACAUUUCACUGAUAUACUUGGGGAGUUGAAACAAGCGCUGGAGAUCCAUCGGGCCGCGGGGUCUUUCUUGGGUGGUAUGCAUCUUGAGUUAACUGGGGAGGCUGUUACGGAGUGUGUUGGUGGUGCUGCUGGGUUGACAGAGGAUGGACUUGGAGAGAGAUACACUACGUUUUGUGACCCGAGGUUGAAUGAGAAGCAGGCGCUUGAGCUUGCGUUCUUGGUCGCUGGGUUUUAUCGCCAGGAAGAGGAGGAUUAG